AAAAGGUGAAAAUUCGCGCUUUCUUUAGGCCAUGUGCGUUGUUUACUUUGCUGCCUACCUUUUGUAAACCCCUUUUCUGAAAAUAUUUGAAACUAUGGCAUUUGAAAAAAAUAUUAAUGAUGUGUCUUCCGACGAAGAAGUUGAAAAUAUCGAAAUGGAAGGUACAGAAGAAUCGGGAAGUGAGGAAGAUGGUGAAGAUAUGGAAGAAAAUACAGCAAAUGGGGAAAGCAGUACGUCUAGAAUAUACCUGCCGGGUAGUUCAAGCCAAACUGACGUUGAAUUAGAGUGUGAUGAAAGUGCAUACAGAUGUUUCCAUGCCGUGAAAACAGCAUCUUCAUGCCUUAGUUUUGAUAUUAUUCCUGAUGAACUGGGUGAUGACAGAGCGAAUGCAUAUCCUUUAACAAUGUCUAUUGUUGGUGGCACACAAGGAGAGAAAAAACACCUGAACAAUUUGUUGGUAAUGAGAUUUUCUAAUAUGGGAAGCACGAAAGGAAAAAAGGAAGAAGACGAAGAAAGUGAAGAGAGUGAUUCCGAAAGCGAUGAUGAAGAUUCCAAGCCAGUUAUAGAAUGUGCUUCUGUUCGUCAUUCUGGAUGUGUAAAUAGAGUGAAGGUUGCUAAUUUGGACGGAAAAGUUCUUGCUGCUUCUUGGUCUGAAACUGCAAAAGUGUUUUUGUGGGAUCUUUCUCGUCCAUUGCAAGCAGUAAAUGACCCUCGCAUUAUGACAUGUUAUAUUCAAAGCAAUGAGUCUCCUCAACCUCUUUUUACAUUUGGUGGACAUUUGUCUGAAGGUUAUGCCGUAGAAUGGUCCCCAUUGGUUCCAGGUAUGUUAGCAUCUGGUGAUUGUAAGAAGAACAUCCAUUUGUGGAAACCCAUGGAAGGAGGGACUUGGCAUGUUGAUCAAAGACCAUACACCGCUCACACAGAUUCAGUAGAAGAUAUAGCAUGGUCUCCAAAUGAACGUAAUGUUAUGGCAUCAUGCUCUAUUGAUAAGACCAUCAGAAUAUGGGAUAUCAGAGUAACAAGCAAUAAAGCUUGCAUGUUGACACGUGAAAAUGCCCAUGACAGUGAUGUGAAUGUCAUUAGCUGGAAUAAGCAAGAACCCUUCAUUCUUUCUGGUGGAGAUGAUGGUAAAUUAAGAGUGUGGGAUUUAAGAAAGUUUCCUACUGGAGAUCCUAUCUGUACAUUCAAGCAUCACACGGCUCCCAUCACAUCAGUCGAGUGGCACCCAACUGACCUCUCAGUUUUUGCUGCUUCUGGUGCAGAUGAUCAACUCACACAGUGGGACCUUUCAACUGAAAGAGACGAAACACUCGAAGAUCAGAAAGACUUGAGUCCAGAGGUCCUUGCAUUGCCACCACAGCUUCUAUUUGUCCACCAAGGUCAGAAAGAAAUAAAGGAACUGCAUUGGCAUAAGCAAAUGCCAGGAGUGCUGGUUUCUACUGCUCAGAACUGUGUGAAUGUUUUUCGAACAGUAAGCGUGUAAUGGAAAACGAAAUGGCUAUAGGUUGUCUUAGUUGCAAAAUAAAAAUGAUGAUUUUUAAAGAAACUUGUUUUAUCUUGAAAUGUUGUCAAAGCUGGCCUGAUAUUACUGAAUUAUUUUUCUUUUAUGUUCUAAACUAUCCUUAAAGUUUGCAUUUUUAGACAUUUUAAAUUGUGCUUGUUAUUUUUGUUUUAAAUGUUUGUUUAAUUUCUUUUUAGUAUCAUCUUAAAGGAGGAGAGAAUGUAAAUUUUGCUUUGAUUUUUAUGUUUCUUGAACUAUAAACUAAAAC